UGUGUUUUGACUGCAUUUUAAAAUGGCGUCGUCUUUGUCGUGGAAUAAUGAAAAGAUUAUUGACUUUAUUGAUGCAGUUCGCUUGCAGCCUUGUUUGUGGGAUAACAAAAGUCCUGAUUUUAAGGAUCGUUUGCUAAAAAAAGAUGAAUGGACUGCUAUUGGGCUGCAGUUUGAAACAUCUCAUGACGAGGCAGUAAAAAAAUUUAAAAAUUUACGCACAUAUUUUAACAAUGAAAUAAAGAAAUUGGAGAAAAAGCAAAAAAGUGGCAGUGGUGCUUUUCAAGAAAGCAAUUGGUUUGCUUUUAAAAGUUUGCUUUUUUUAAAAGGCACAGAUGAAGCUGAUUCUGGUCUAGAAACGAAAACACAAUCAGAUGUUGAUACGAAUGCUGAUGAUACGAUCACAUUUAAGCCCAAACUACCACCACCUUCGAAGUCACCAAGUGCUAAGAAGAAAAAAACCAUUGAAGAUGAUCGUUAUCGUGACGCUUGUGAAGUUAUGGAAGCAGUAAAACAGAAGAUUUCCACUAAAUCAUUAGCUUUUGGAGAGCAUGUAAACCAAAAGCUGUUAACAUAUAGUCAGUAUGUACGCAAUCAAGUCGAAUAUAAAAUUUCUUCAAUCUUAUAUGAAGCCGAUAUGGGAUAUUAUGAUGAAAGAAGCAGAAGCAGUGUAUCGGGAAAGCAGUAUUCUUCUUCACCCAGCGUUUCUUCCUCUUACCGUCAACGUGUAUACUCUCCUGCUCCUUAUCCUCUUUCCUACCAUGCUAUACCGACUCUUAGUCCUACGUCGGUUAACGAGGCUAGCAAUUCUUCUGACUCAAAUGCGACAAACGCACUAAACAUUAAAUCUCAGUAUUCUCCUAUAUCUACAAACGCUUCUUCUUCAAUAAACCACCACCCCAAUACUCCAGCUGCAGAGAUCGAAUAUACAGAAGCAAUUAAACAAGCAAUAGAUGGUGUAUUGAUGGUUAGAACAGUUGGUAAUUCAGACGGAAAUACUACUGCCGUGGAGUACAUUACUAAUGAUUGAUUUAUUUGAAUUAAAAAUCUACUUCAUUGUGAAAUUAAAUAAA